AAAGAUGCUGCAGGUGGUUUCCAAUACCGUAAGCAAACUAGGAAAAAUAUAAAAAUGUUGACUUUACAAAAUUGGGAUAUUUAUCUUUCUAGAAGAAAUUUUAACAAGUAUAUAUAUACGCUAUGCAUGUUGCCAUACUCUUUAGUAUAGUAGUACUAAAUACAUAAAGAGCAAACAAAAAAAUAUGGAGGAAACAAAAAUGAGUUUGCUUGAUGAUUCUUUUACAAGUGCAAUGACACUUACCAAUUCAGGUGUGCCUCAAGUCCCUGAUCGCUACGUUCUUCCUCCUUCGCAAAGGCCAGCUCUUGGUUCAAGCUUAGGCACCAGCGAGACUACACUUCCUGUCAUUGAUCUCUCUCUUUUGCACCAACCUUUCCUUCGAUCCCUCGCAAUCCACGAGAUUAGCAUGGCCUGCAAGGAGUUUGGUUUCUUUCAGGUUAUAAACCAUGGAAUACCAUCAUCAGUGGUUAACGAUGCCUUAGAUGCAGCAACACAGUUCUUCGACUUACCUGUGGAAGAGAAGAUGCUUCUGGUGUCUGCAAACGUUCAUGAGCCAGUCAGGUAUGGCACAAGCCUUAACCAUUCAACAGACAGAGUUCACUACUGGAGAGAUUUCAUCAAGCAUUACUCUCAUCCACUCUCAAAGUGGAUCGAUAUGUGGCCAUCAAAUCCUCCAUGCUACAAGGAUAAAGUGGGCAAGUAUGCAGAGGCAACACAUUUGCUACACAAGCAGUUAAUAGAAGCUAUCUCAGAAAGCCUGGGACUGGAGAAAAAUUACUUACAAGAAGAGAUAGAAGAAGGCUCACAAGUCAUGGCAGUGAAUUGUUAUCCAGCAUGCCCGGAACCUGAAAUGGCCUUGGGAAUGCCACCACACUCAGACUUCAGCUCACUGACCAUCUUACUUCAGAGUAGCAAGGGACUCCAGAUAAUGGACUGCAACAAAAACUGGGUUUGUGUGCCGUAUAUAGAAGGAGCUUUGAUAGUUCAGCUGGGAGAUCAGGUAGAGGUGAUGAGCAACGGCAUAUACAAGAGCGUCAUUCAUCGUGUAACAGUGAACAAAGAAGUCAAAAGGCUAUCUUUUGCAAGUCUUCACAGUCUACCUCUGCACAAGAAAAUAAGUCCAGCACCAAAACUCGUCAACCCAAACAAUGCACCAGCCUAUGGAGAGUUUAGUUUCAACGAUUUUCUGAACUACAUCUCAAGCAACGAUUUUAUACAAGAAAGAUUCAUUGACACAAUAAAGAAAAGCAGUUCCUAA